UACCCAAAGCGAACAGAAGGCAAAUGACUUUAUAAAAGGCGAGGAGGUUGGAAAGUCCGUUGGUAGCUCCGUAUUCCUUCCUUACUCUGCUUCAGAUAUUUUCCUUCUCUGUGUCGCUCGAUUCCAAAUCCAAACAGAUAUUUAGGAUUCGUAUCAUUUUCUGACUAUCCGAACACACCCCAAUCUACAUUCCCUCUUCCUUCGUAUCGUUCCCAUGUCGGUCUCCGUUUCAGCCUCCAACAUUCCUUCUUUGAACUCCGAACGCUCCACGCGUUUGGGAUUGGGACCCUCAUCCACGUCCGCAUCUUCUUACGCCAACCUUUCCUCCCUGCAAUUUCCGCUCCGCACUCGCUUUCUUCGCGUUGGGACCGCACGCGCUCCCGCUUCCUCGCGCCCUCGAUUCCUUCCUCUGGUUCAAGCAAAGAAACAAACCUUUUCCUCCUUUGAAGAUUUGCUUGCCAAUUCCGAAAAGCCUGUAUUGGUUGACUUCUAUGCGACCUGGUGUGGUCCUUGUCAAUUCAUGGUUCCCAUACUGAAUGAGGUGAGCACUCGUCUAAAAGAUAAGAUACAGGUGGUGAAGAUUGAUACUGAGAAGUACCCUAGCAUUGCUGACAAAUACAGAAUUGAAGCGUUGCCAACUUUCAUCAUGUUUAAGGAUGGAAAACCCUAUGAUCGCUUUGAGGGAGCACUGACUGCAGAUCAGCUCAUUGAACGCAUAGAAACCGGUCUCAAAGUUAAGCAAUAACCCUACUAUUAUAAUGAAGACAUGGAGAUGCUUGUCUACUGGAAUGUUUGUUCACAUACAUGAUAUGAUUAGAGGAUCACCCUGUUGUUUCAACUUCAUUUAGACUUUUUUUAAGGUAGUGAUCACUUUAUCUCAAAAUGCUUAGAUUCUGCCCUGAAAUAUUUAUUGUUUAAGUAGCAGUGGCAUUUUUUGAAAAACUUCACCAGUAAACCUGGUUUUGUUUUCUGAGUUCCUUUAUACAUUAAUUCUUGUCUCUUCAGACUCCGUCCUCUUUUUCUAUAUGUUACUUUCACUUUUGCGGUUUAGAAACAGUUGCCAGUGUGUGGAGAAUAAAGUUGGUUUAUUGUUUGCUAAGAACUGGUUUUCAUUUUUUUCUUUUUGGUCAACGCUAAGAACUGAUUGAAUUGCAUGGGGAAAACGUGUUACGUGAAGUCAGAUUGAAUGACCCCUGCACAGCAAACGUGAUUCAGCCUAUAAUUGAUGCAGUCCCUAACAUGAGCACUUUUUUGGUUACUAGUCGUUGUUUGUGUGGUGCAUGGUUAGAGGCAUGUGCAACACACGAACCUUCCAGGAUUUGGGUGCCGACAGAAAUAACAGUCAAGCUAAACAACGUUUGCAAUCAAUUGACUAUUGCCUGUUUCGAGGUUUUUUUUUUUUAAGUAAAACAAUAGAACUUCAUUUGAUAUGGCUUUCCGGUAAUAGUUUUUGAAAACAUUGUGUUACUUUUUGGCCAUUUGGCAGUGGCCUAUGUUUAACUACGUUACCUCUCACCCAUGUUAUAUCGUGUUGAGAGCUCAGUCAUCGACAUCACACAAAAAGGCAUCACUGUGAUGAGAAUGAUACCCUACAUUGACAACAGAGGCAACGUCUCAAUUGGUAGGAAGACGAUUCGUACCAUGGCAGAUUAGAAACCUGGAUUGCGAGGAACCAUUCUGCAAAUGGAACAGUUAUAAUGGAGAUCUAGUGGCUCAAACAACUGUGUCAGAGCACAUCAGAAUAAAUUGAUGCAAGAUCAUCCUUCAGUUUGGCAACCAAUUGCAAAGAUAGCCGUAGAGAAACGCUAUGGAGACAUAGUGCUUCUCAAACAAAUUGUUUUCUUCCUAUUUAAGUUUUUAAAUAUCAUUUUACAAAAUAAAAAUUUCAAAAACCACCACAAAUAAAAUACUUCUCAAAUAGGCCCUAAUACACAAACUCCAGAAAAAAAAAAGACAUUAAUUGUACGUAAUAAUUCUUUUGUUGUUGAAAAACAUGUUGCGUUUAUUAAAUAACAAUUCAAUUGAAAACUAUACCAGUAUUUAAACAACUUCAACCAAGACAUAAUUGUCUUAUUCAUUAAUAUUUUAUAUAUCUUAUACCUUUUAUUCAUUGUGCUUACAAUGGUAAUGCACAUCUCAAUAAUUAUUUCAAUCAAACUCAAUACUUUUUCUAAGAUAGCUUUAGGUUGCUCGAGACUUGGGCAU